GAUUGCAAAUAAACUUCUCGCUUAACAAACGCAAACACAUCUGUGUCAAUGGGUGGGGAUCAUUAUCAGAGUCCGCAUUUAAAUACUCUACAUCUGCAUAUUCGCAGCAUAUAUUAUCGUACAGCUGAAGUUGGAGUUGACGUAGAGAAUUAACGAAUUUUAGAAAGUGCCAACAAUGAAAACGUUAAUAGUCCUUGGGGCUGUUAUAUUAGCAGCGUGUGCAGCACCUGAAGGCUACUUUAAGCAAGAAUACCAAUUUAAGAAGUCCUCAUCCACGUACAAAAAUAACCAGUUGGAGACAAAGAAUGACGAUGAAGGAUACUACGGCAAACAUGGCGAUUUAACAGGAGAGUCGGUACCGCAGGUGCAACAACACAACCAGCACUCUGAAUACAUAAGCCCAAUGGUUGAUAAUGUCGGCCUCCUGACCACUUACAACGAUCGUGAUUUAACUUCCGAGGCCGAGAGUGCAUUCAAAGCGCACAAUAUCCUUCCCGGAACAAAUCGGCAAUAUUCCCAGAGUACAUACACGACCAGAUCAAACUUGGGCCAAAUCACCCAAAACCUACAAUAUGACAUGGAACAGCAGCUGCGUGAUGCUAUUAGGGCAAUGAGGACUCAGUCGGCAUAUGGUAGCACUCAAAUGCGAUCCGAAGAUGUGCAAUAUUUGGAGAAUCAACUGCGUAAUAACAUCACUAGGCAGUUACAACAAAGUCUUCACAACCAGUAUGGGGCACAAACAACCAGGGGUCAAUCAUCCUACAGCACCACAUCCGCAGGUGGUUACAAUCCUACAGCCAACUACGACACCAAUGAGUUGACCAAUUUACGUCAGCAGAUGGAAAGAGAAUUGCUAAGGAAACUCCACGAAGGUACCAGCUCAUCAUCAUAUGCCCAAAGCAGCAGCAGUAGUUCCAGUAGUAAUUGGAACUCAUAUGGAGCCAGCAACAGAGGAUAUCAACAUAGAGAUUCUGCCGAAGUCGAUGAUUUAAACACGCACGGUCACCGCCAGGUCCCUAGCAGUUCAAACUAUCGCCCCGUUCCUGGAAACAACGAUUUUCAACGGCCUGAAAGAUUCAGCUAUGGCCAACAACCCGCGUCCAGUUCCCAAACUUCCUACGGAUCAAGUUAUGGACAAGCAUCUCAAUCAGGAUCAAGAUACUAUGGUUCCAGCUAUGAUCGUGACUUCCCACAUUAUCGCAGUCAAAUCACCGUGAAUCCAACCAGGAGGGUUACCGAUGUCCUGCAAGGCGUUCAGAACGACCUUAACCAACAAGUGCGCGAAGCUUUGAGCACCUAUCAAGCAAGAUAUUCCGGAUCCUCGUAUACCUUGACCAAUAGCCGACCAGAUUAUAAUGUUGCUUUAGAUGACCUCAAACGCCAGUUACGCUACAACAUCACUAGAAAGAUUGAAGACGAAUUGGAUCGUACCUAUGGGCGUCAAGACGUACGAGGUGAAUACUCCUUUUCUCAAAACCAGCGCACAAAUGCCAAUUAUAAAACAGCGGAUUUAGAGGAUCUCAAGAAGCAGAUCGAGAAUAAUUUGAUCAACUAUCUGGAGACCUCAUUCCGCUCUUACGAGUCUCACCACCAACAAUCUCGCACGCAGUACACCAACUCCCAGAGAGACUACACGAACCAAGGUCCACAAUACACGCAGUCUUUGACUUCCGACACCGCCCAAAACCCGACUUAUGUCCGCUAUGAACCCAGUAGAUCAUGGAGUUCACAGUCCUCAUGGAGCUCUCAAUCAUCGUACGGUUCGACCCCGGAUGGAAACACUCAACAACCACUCAACUCCCAAUUGGAGCAAAUCCGCUCUCAAUUGCAACAAGACCUCAGCCGCCAGCUGCAAUCAGCAGUGUACGAGCAGAAAAGCCAUUCUUCUUACAACACCCAGAGCCAGAGCCAAGUUGAGCAGCUUCUCAACAAUGAACUAAGAAGUAAUCUCACCAGACGUCUCGAGGAAACCCUGAAUCAACACUAUGGUAAACAAGGCAUCCGUGGAGGUCAAUCCUAUACCAUUUCUGCAACCGGGGUUUACAGCCCGAAUGCCAAUUAUCGUCAAGAAGAUUUGAAUCGAUUGCGUCAACAAUUGCAAGAUGAUCUAGUUAGAAACCUUCAGGAACAACUGCGCACUUCUCAAUACAGCGCUUCCAGCGGUGGAUACAACAGUGGCUACAUGUCACAAGGUCCGAGGCGGCCGGUGGUCGCUCAUGAUGGACAAGGUCAAGUCACAGAAGAUUUGGGUCAACAAACUAUCGACGACCUCGGCAGCAACUUGAAAAUGACGACGAUUUGGUACAGAAAACUUAUGAACCUGGUCUUGAAGUGGAUUCACAAACAAAGCCUGUACGUGGAGAUAUUGGGCAAGCCAAUCUUAAACCAGAGGUUAGGAACAAAACCAAGCCAAUAUGGGCAGUCAACAAAACCAAAAUUAGUAGGUCAGCAUACUGAAGAUUUGGGUCAGCAAGUUGAGGACCUAGGGCAAUUAUAUCAAAACGAAGACGAUUUUCAAAACCAAUGCCUGAUGAAACGUUUGAAUUUGAGGCAAAUGACUGUCUUCAACCAAGAACAAGAGAUCGACAGACUUGCUGACCAAUUGGCUGAGACCCAUGGAACUCAGGAUGGGUUCAAUAACGAAUUCAUCGAUCACGGAGACUACUUGCAACAUAAACCACAAGGUCCGCAAGUUAACGAUUUCCAUCUACCCGAGACGCAAUUCAAUGACGAUUUCACCCAACAACAUCAAGAAGAAGAUUUCAACAUGUUCCAAAAUCCCGAAAAUGAUGGUGCACCACCCGCAAUGAGUUUGAGUGAUGUACAUCGUUCGUACAUCGCUCAAGAUCAAUACAGAGGUGCACCACACGGACAGCAGUUCAAUCCAAAUCAAAUUUCGCAGUCUAGAAGACUACCAACGGAACAAGAACAGGAUUUACAAAGACCAGAAGACGAUCAACAAGUGUUGCCAACUAUGCCUAGCGCAACCAUCCCAGUCAAUCAUUACAGACCAAACAACCAUCAGAGCCAUGAUUUUGAUGAUGCGCAACACCAUAUAGAUCUAGACCUUGGGCGUGAACCAUAUGUACCACCCUAUCAACAAUUAAUAAGGAUGUAUAAUAGUAAUACAUCUCCAGUAAAAUACCCGGAGGGAAACCAAGAACAAUAUGAAGAAGUGUCACCUCCACAAGAAACUCAAAAUCAUCCAGACCCUGCAGACAAAGAUACAAGUUCAGCAGGCAUUGAAGAAGAGGAGGCCGUCACUGAAGUAGUAAAACCGUUAGGUUUUUGGCAAAAAGUUGGUGGUAAAAUCACCAGUAGCUUUAAAACAGUAAAGCAAAAAGCUAAAGAUCUUGUAGGGGCCAAAUAAGAUGCCUCAACGAAUGAUAAAAUAACUUAUAAGCGUUAUGUAGAUUUGUAGCAAAUUAAAACUGUUAGAAAAAUAUAUGAAUCAAGAACUUUCCAUAA